AUGAAAACGCUGAGUUAUCAAUACAACCAAUUGAGCCUUCAUGAAAAGCUUGAUUUAGUACCUCCUGACGCUAACGAACCUGGCAAUGCUGCGCUGUCAGAAAAAAAAAAGCUGACUCGCAAGGCAUUGAAUUUUGCCCAGAAACAUGGCUUGCCUAAACGUCCAGCACAUUCUGGAUUUGGAAUCUACAUAUCGGAGCGACUCAUUGGUGCUAAGGGCAAAACUCUAGCUGAUGUGGCAAACAAGUUGAAAGAGCUGUCUUCUAUCUGGAAUCUCUUUUCGUCUUCGGAAAAACAGGUAAGAUAUAAUUCUCUUAUGAUAGUUUCCUUUAGACAACACAUUUUUGUACUACAUACCAUUAAUUCAUAA